AGACACACACAGACACACACACACACGUUCUCUCCUUUCCUCUCUUCCUGUCUCCCUCUCUUUCUGAACACACACACACGCACACGCACGCACCACUCCCCAACAGCUGCAGUCUGGAAGAAAUUAGUCUUCUAAACAGCCAGACUUCCCUACUUUCAGGAAAUUCCAAGCUGGAAAGGGGGAGGGGCCGGGCUGGGGGCGCGACCGUCCAUCCCCCUAGCUCUGCCCCUGCAUUCAGCACGUCCAGUCCUGGUAUCCUCCUGCACCCACUAUCCGCUCAAAGGGCUCUCAGCGUUUCCACCAUCUAGGCUUUCUAGUCCUUUAAAUCUUAGAGGCAAACUUUGGGGGAAUAAGGAAGGCUGGGAGGGGCCUAUGGCUUAACCCUCUCAACCCGGGACAAGAAGUUAAGACCAACUAGGCUGACUGGGGCGUUGACUCUGCGCUCGCCUGGUAGGCUACCAUGGCCCCCGAGAGGGGCUGAAGCUUAGUUCCUGGUGCAGGUGAGAUCCCGCCCGGGAAAAGAAGGAAAAGGGCGCCAGUGAGGUAGCCUCCGAGGCCAGGAGGGACCAGAGCUUGAGCCGGAGACCCAUUCAGUCAAGACCACGAGAUCCUAGGCUGAUGACGAACUUUUUCCAAGAAUGACCGCAUUGCCUUGAGUGUGACAACCCAGCAACAAGCAUAUUGAAGAUGCCGGUGCUGAAGCAGCUGGGCCCUGCGCAGCCCAAGAAGCGACUGGAGCGUGGAGCACUGUCUAUCUCGGCGCCCCUUGGAGACUUCAGGCACACAUUGCAUGUGGGGCGCGGUGGCGAUGCCUUCGGGGACACCUCGUUCCUGAAUCGCCACGGGGGCGGCCCACGCCCCGAGCCCCACACACCACCAGUCGGGGCCCCGCAUUCUGUCCCUCCACCUGCAGUUCCACAGCCCCCUGCGCCUGGUCUCCGAGUGCCUUCACCUGCGGACCCGCUGUUGUCCUUUCACCUGGACCUGGGCCCCUCUAUGCUAGACGCGGUGCUAGGCGUCAUGGACGCGGAGCGUGCUGAAGCAACAGCCACCAAGCCUGUCGGAGACACCCACCCUGGAACGCAGCACCAGAAGGCCCGCUGCCACCCCAAUGCUGACCUCCCACUGGACGACGUCAUAGGCCUGUAGUGUCCUGAUUCCUGCACCCCCUCAGUCCCGCCGAAUAACCCACUUUUGUACACAUAAAUGGCUGAGGUUUGUGCCAGUGCUGUGUCUGUUCACUUUUUACGGGAAGAGGUGCAGAGGCAGGACAGUGGUCGAUUGCUACCAACUAAAAGCCAAGUCCAAUUAUCCAUGUAAUAAACCACUCCCAAAGGUGGAGUCUCGCACCUG